GAUCAUAUGACGGCGCCUCGAAACUAGCAUCCAGUGGCAAUGGUGAUCCUCCCCCACUGGCCGCGGGUGACGACCCCUCGGCAGUAAGCUCAGGGGGCAGCGACUCAGCGGCGUCAGCAGGGAAGGCAGCGGUGAUCAGCGGGGCCAUUAUCCUGCUGUUAUUGCUGAUACAGGCGGCGCUGUGUGUGUUCUACAUCAAGAAAGUCUGAGUGAGGUGUUUGAGGAAGUCUGUAUUGUUCCAUGAAAGUUUGGUUACCUCGACGAGAAAGUCUGGUUGUCUUCUUAAAAAAGUGUGAACAGCGUGGCCAAGACAAGGGAAUUCAGGAGAGUUUUCGUACGAGGACCCAGUUAUCCUAACGGGCUUCAGUUGUCCAAAUAGGCCCCAGUUAUCCAAAUGGGUUUUUUUAAGUCCUAAUUGGACUCAGUUGUUUUAAUGGACUUCAGUUGUCGUAAUAAGACUUAGUUAUCCUAAUGGGUCCCAGUUGUCCUAAUGGAACCCUGUUACCCCAAUGGGCUUCAGUUGUCCUAACAGGACUUAGUUAUCCUAAUGGGUAUUAGUUUUCCUAAUAGGACCCAGUUAUCCUAAUGGACCCCAACGUAACCUAACCAGUUUUUAAUUGGCUCUCGCCGUCCUAAUGGGCUCUUAAUGUAAUUUACAAUUUAGGAUUGGUGCCUACUCCUAAUAGGUCCCAGUGCCAAUUGCUUCUUUUAAAUGGAUCUUAACCUAACCCUUAGGAUUGGGUCUCAGUCCUAAUAGGCCACAGUUGUAAUUUUUAAGUUGGGGGCCUAUUAAAACUACUGGGGCUUUAUGCCUUACAAUCACCAGCUAAUAGAUGCAAUUCUCUAUACCCUUGAUAUAUAUUUUUCUUAAAGCAAAAUCUUGUAUUUUUAUUUGCACUGAAAUGUAAAAACUGACUCAACUUUGAUAUUUUUAAAGAUUUUUCUUCGUCAAUGUUAAGGGAAAUUCAAGGUUAAGUUUCUCCAAGGUUCAUCGUUAAUUCCACUUCCCUUAAUUAACAGAUGUUGAGAACGUGUCAGACUACCUCACUCAAGCUAUGGCACAAAAUGGCGUAGAAAUAGAAUUGAGACUAUACCGUACUAGAUAGAUUCGUUCCCUCAUUCACAGUUUUAAGGAAAAAACAAACAUAAUUGCAUGAACCUUUGAGGAAUCUACCCUCAGAAUUUUCACUCUGUGCUGGUCUGUAACUUGGGUACAUCAGAUCCAUAUUUUGAGUACUGUACUGAGUAAUUGGCAUUUUGGAGUUAGUAUUUCUUUAACUGUCUGGAGCCAUGAGAAGUGUUAAUAAAGACAGUUUUUGUUUGUUGUUAAGUAGAUAAUUUAUGACAUCGAGGGCAAUGUGUUGAUGCAACUUCAUCAAUGUUGAGAAAACAAAACGAACAAGAAUACGAAAAUGCUUAUUUAUUCUUCAGUCAUUUGACAUAAACUAUUAAAUUAAUGCUCAUGGGCUGGUUCUUGUUAAAUCAGCUUUUGUAAUAUUAGUUUCGAAUUGUUAUCGCUGUCUGAAUUAUAUAAUUGCUUUAGCGAUUCUGAUCAUGGUACUAUAUCAACACUAACUCGUGGACUUGUUUCCAUUCUUUUUCACCCUUCAAGGGUGACUGUGGUAAACCUCAAUAACAGCCACAGUAAGUCAUUUAUCAAAAUUGUGUUUUUUGUAAAUACUUAUUAAUAUUUUCCUGUAUUCAGUUUUUUUUUUUGUUCUAAUUUACCAAUAAUGAGAACCAUCAAGGUAGUGUGUGUGUAUAUAUAGAGUACAUAAGUAAAUCUUGGGGUAUUAGUGUUGACAGUAAGACGUGUGUACUACUGUCUCUCAGGAAGGCUAUAUCGAGGUGUGUCCUUUAUGGUGAAGGUUCCUGAUGGUUCAAACAUUUCAUAACAUAACUCUGUUUCAGUGAUGCUCCUUCGUCUCUCAUUUCAAUCAAUUUUUCUUUUACUUAUAUAUAUAUA